AUGUCACGCGCAUAUCCAACUGAUACUUCAAGUAGCAUUGCUGAUCGACUUUUACAACGAAUUGGUCUACGUAUUAAUCCUCGAACAAUUCGAAAUUAUCGCUUGUCGUUAGGUUUUCGUGCAGUUCUUGCACGAAGUCAACCAUUAAUUAAUGCGCGGCAUGCACAACAACGAUUAACUUUCUGCUUAUUAUGUGCGACAGCUCGAUGGAAUAAUGUCAUUUUUAGCUACGAAAAAGCUUUUGAAGUAGAUAUUUCCGGUAUGGUCUACUGGAUUCCCUACGGCCGUCCAAGACCAACACAUUAUCAACAUCAAGUUCAGUUUCGUGUCGCUGUUUUCGGUGCAGUAUGGUAUGAUGGACGAUCCAACUUAAUUUUCAUUCGAGAUAGAACAAAUACCACGACUUAUGUUCAACAUCUACAAGCAGCAUUCCAUUUACGUUUACGUCAAGUAUUCGGAUACUAUUUCAUACACGACCGUCCAACAUGGGCGCAUACGACUCUUGCACAUGAUUGGUUACGUAAUAAUCGUAUUAGUUGUAUGGAUAACUAUCCACCUGUUAGUCCUGAUCUUAACGCAAUUAAAAGCGUAUGGAGUUGGAUGAAUAGGUAUAUACAAAGAAAUCGUCCAAAUUCUCAACAACGUUUAGAAAGACUCGUCCAACAAGCAUGGAAUAGAAUGCCUCAAAAUGUAAUACGUGGAUAUAUAAAUAAUAUACCUAAUAUUUGUGCACAAAUAAAUCAUGGUUGGGAAAGUAUGGGGUGAUAGAGAAUUUGAUGUGCAUUCAGAAUAUAUCCUUAGUUUUGUGAUAAAUUGUUUAUAUAUUGAAAUAAAUUUUAAAAAAUGAAUGACUUGUAAAUUUUUGGGGAAUCUGACGAUGAGGGUGCCUUUAAUGCACUUGAAUUUAUUUUUAGAGGACAAGUGCAAUUAAAAAGGUGUAUAUAUAGAGUUGUAGAGAACUCCACGGGCUAUCCGAAUCUAUAAUUGUUUUUCUCAAAAUGUCAAUUUAUAGUAACAAUAUAUCAAAUAUACCGAGUCUAACUAUUUUUUUCCAGGGGGAUAUAUGUGCUUUUGGGUAGAUGACUAUCAUAAUUAAACAUGAAUCAGUCUGACAUUCCUCUUCUCGAUCUACCUAAUGAAAUACUACUUACCAUCUUGAAAAAACUGGACAACAUUGAUAUUCUCUAUUCUCUAUGUGGAAUUAAUAAUGAACGACUUGACAGUUUAAUACAGAAUCGUAUAUUUAAUGACAGUGUCGAUUUUGUAAUAACGUCAUCAAUGAGUGAUGUCAAACUUGAUCGAUUUUGCUCUUAUAUACUUAGGGUAUACCAAAAGUUCAGAUCACAGCGUUACUUAGCC